UGGGAGGCCAAUCAAUAUGAGGGUGGGACCUUUGCCAUAUGAUUUGGUGAGAAAUGCCAAAAUGGCAUCCUCAAUCACCCCACAUCCCAUAUGCUCGGCUCAAUCAUCCAAGGAAGGGAGAGAAGCUCUGCAAAAACUCCAUUUUCAUCCAUCAUACACGCACCAAGUUGAGGGAGGAAGAAGAAAGGAAAAAGAGAAGAGAAAAGAGGAGUUUAGGUGGGAAAACUUGUGUUUAAAAAGGUAUUCAAGGAACUUUCACGGAGUUGAAAAGGUCGCCGGAGUUGUCGCCGGAGUUCGUUGAAGUUCGCCGGAGUUUCGUCGGAGCUAAAUCGGGAAGGCUAGAACUUCAUAAGCUUCAUUAAGGUUGAGGCUAGAGUCCUACUACCUGCACCUUUGCCUAGGGUGACUGAUCGAGAAGGAAGAUGUGGUUCGUGCUUCCAUUCUUAUUUCAAAUGUAUAAACCGCUCAUGGAUUUUUGAACAAUAUUUUCAUUAAAACGGUUGGGGGCCUGCGUGCCCGUGUUUGCCACGUGUGGCUAAGUAUCAAACAUUUUAUUAUUCCGCAUUUGUUUGAUUAUGAUAUUGAUGUUGAUUGUAUGUGUU